AUGACUAAACCUCAAGUUUUAUUUAUUGGAGAUUUGGAUACUUCAUUACCAGAAUAUAUCGAUUUUACAACUAAAUUUGAAGUUUUAACUUAUAAGAUCACCACUUUAAAAGAUUUACUUGAUAAAUUUGAAACUGAAUUCUCUCAAAUUGAAGCCAUUUAUGGAUCAUGGUUAGGUUUUGUUCCAUUAGGUGGAUUCAAAGGUGAAAUCUUAGAACAUGCUCCUUCAAGUUUAAAAGUGAUUGCUAUUUGUUCAGUUGGAUUUGAUGGAUAUGAUGGAAUUGAAAUGGCCAAAAGAGGUAUAGCUCUUACUCAUGUCCCAUCUGAAGGUGCUGCUGAACCUGUGGCUGAUUUAGUAUUAUAUAAUACAUUGGCAAGUUUCAGACAAUUCAAUAAAUAUGAAAGAACUUUCAAAGAUAAUAAUCAUACUGUUAAAUUUAGAAAAGUUUUAGAUGAUGAAUUAGAAUUUGAUAGUGAAAAAGGAUUAACCAGACUUAAUACCAAUCAUACUGAAUAUCAUUUCGGUCAUUACAUUAACAAUAGACCUAAUUUAAAUCCAAGAAAUCAUAAUGUGGUUAUUGUUGGAUUUGGGAAUAUUGGUAAAACCAUAGGGAAGAAAUUAAAUGAUAUAGGGAUGAAUGUUCAUUAUAUAAAGAGAACUCCAUUAAGUACUCAUGAAGAAGAAAAGUUAGGUUAUAAAGCCACUUAUCAUUCAAAUAUCUUAUCAACGAAAUCAUUUGUUGAUUUAAUUGUUAUUGCAUGUCCAGCCACUCCAGAAACUAAACAUCUUAUAAAUGAUGAAAUCAUCGAAUCAAUUGAACAUCCAUUUAGAAUCGUAAACAUCGGAAGAGGGAUAAUCAUUGAUGAAAAAUCAUUAGUUAAAGGUUUAAAAUCAGGUAAAGUGUUAUUUGCUGGUUUAGAUGUUUAUGAAAAUGAACCAACAGUAAAUGAAGAAUUAUUUGAUAGACAAGAUGUAAUCUUAACUCCCCAUAUUGGAGCUUCUACAGUUGAAAAUUUCAAUUUCACAUCUAUUCAAGCCUUAAAAAAUAUUGAAAAUGUAUUAUUGCAAAAUGGAACUGGUUUAAAUAGAGUUAAUUAG